AUGUACCGAGCUCUGUCGGGGUCACAAGGGAGAACAGGCUGGGGAUAUAAAGGACUGACAGAUUUCGGUUGGACGGUCCUAGCCUCCAUCAGAGUAACCAUGGCACUGGAGGAAAUCAAGAACAAGUUUGAAGGGAACUGGCAAUGUGUAGAAAUAGAAAACAUGGAUCCUUUCCUAGAAGCUAUGGGCGUGAAUGUCAUAAAACGUAAAGCAGCAGCAGUACUGAAACCAAACCUGAUAAUCACCGUAAAGGACGGUAAAAUGGAGUUUGUGCGGAAACUCCCUAUGAAGGAAGUAAGGAACCAAUUUGCGCUGGAUGAAGAAAUAGAAGUAUCAGAAGAUGAUCAUAAAUACAAGGCAAAAGUGUCCUACUCUGAUGGAAAGAUGAUGAUAGAAUUAAAAGCUGUAGAUGGUAAAUCUAAAGACAAUGUUGUAGUAAGAGAGAUAGAGGGAGAAAAUCUAAUCCAAACAGCGACUUGCAACGGGGUGAUUGCGAAGACGAUAUUCAAAAAAUCUUAGGUUCGGA